AUGAGAUCGACACCUAUCACGGGGCAGGCUCACACAUCUCGCCAAUUAUCUGGUACAGUCGAGCCAGAUGACUUGGCAUCACUCACAGCGGCUUUCCAAAGCUCGGCCAUCCAGGAAAAGGCGGCCAUUCAACUUGUCGACACAUGUGAAGGGUUGGAUGAAUUGAUCAAAAACUUAGUGGACCUGCCAAGUAGCCCUCCUUCCUUGUAUAUUGACCUCGAGGGCAUCAACCUCUCCCGACAUGGGACAAUCUCGAUUCUCCAAAUAUAUGUCCUACCAACUAAAUCAACGUAUCUGAUUGACGUCUACAUGCUGGGAGGCCAGGCAUUCUCCCACGCCGCAGCUGAUGGGACGACGCUUCGAAAAAUAUUCGAAUCUUCUCUUAUUCCGAAGGUCUUUUUCGACGUUAGAAACGAUUCGGAUGCUCUUUACAGCCAUUUCAGCAUCGCACUAUCUGGUGUGCAAGAUCUUCAAUUGAUGGAGCUUGCAGCGCGCAGAUCUUCUAAAAGACUCGUGCGUGGACUAGGUAAAUGCAUUGAGUAUGAUAUGCCAAUGAGCGACAGCCAGAAGGCAUCUUGGAAAGCUACCAAGCAAACUGGGCUGAAAUUGUUCGCGCCUGAAUUUGGAGGUUCUUACGAAGUUUUUAAUGUUCGCCCAAUGUCGGAUGAAAUUCGGCAAUAUUGUGCACAGGAUGUGCAAUUUUUGCCCAUGCUAUGGCAAAGAUACAAUCGCGAGAUGACACCAACAUGGAGUGCAAAGGUACAAUUGGAGGUGGAAAACCGUGUGCGGCUUUCCCAAUCCGCGACAUUCAACGGAAAAGGCAGACAUAUGGCCUUGGGUCCUGCAGGCUGGUCUUAA